AUGACUCUGAUACUCUGCUCAGUAUACAUUAUUUCGUACAAUUCACAGUUAAUUCUUCAUUUUCACAAUUAUGAUCAAUAUGUUUUGAUUGAUGAUAGUUAUGUUUCAAAAUGGAGAACUCGAGCUCACAAACCUCUUAAGUCACAUGCAGUCAUAAUCCCUUACCUACACCAAUCUGGUUUCUACCAUGUAUCCCUUACGCAAGAAGGUGGUGCAUCAAGAAAAUUGACUACCAAAAUAAUUCGCGCCACCAUCUACAAGAAUACCCAUUCAGGAUUGAUCACAUGCUUCAAGAUCAGAUAUGCAUCAUACGAACAAUUUGUCACUGAUCCUCAUCAAAAUCAGUAUGCCCUGACUCAGGCAAGUGACUCUCAACAAAUUCCAUAA